AAUGGCAGAAUUACAAGAAAUUGGUAAAGAUAAUGUUAAUGAUAAAGAUAAGAGUAAAUGUUCUAGUGAUAAUGAUUCAAGAGCUGAUGGAAUAUUUGACAGAAAACAUUCUUUAACUCUUUACCAAGCAGCAAAAUUCAGAAUUGCUGCUCUAUCUAUAAGCUAUGCUACCAUUGUUUUUUUAAUACUACUUAGUAUUGCAACUUUCUAUAUAUCAAUUAGUCAAAAUAAUUCGGCUAGCUUUGCAUUUGGUCUAGCAGCUCUAUUAGAUUGCGUGUCAUCAGCUAUUGUUAUCUGGAGAUACGGGUCUGGUGGCAAUUACAGUCUAUACAAUUCAAGAAGAGAAAGACUGGCCUGUAUAGCAUUGGGAGUAAUAUUCAAUAUCUCUUCAUUAGUAAUUAUUUCAAAGACAUCGUACGCAUUAGGUAAAUCUAAGAAACCGUUGGAAAACUCGUCUGUUGAAAUUAUAUCGGCAAUAAACGGUUCAGUAUGUAUUAUGUUGGCUGUUGGUAAAUAUUUUAUUGGUAAAUAUUUAGAAUCCGAAGCCGUUACAACAGACGCCUUUAACAGUUUCAUUGAAUCUCUUAUGGCUUUUUCCAUUGUUAUCAAUGAAGCGUUGUACAAAAAAAAUCCUAGUAUUUGGUACGUUGAUGCUAUUGUAUCUUACGUUAGCGCUCUACUAUUUACAAUUUGGGGAAUGAGACUACUCAUUAUUAACUUGUCCAAGAAAGCGAAAGCGAAAGACAACUAUAAUGAAUAUAAUUGA